AAAAACUUUCGCUACUGCUAGUGGUGGCCACGAUCUGUUGCACGACAGCCGUGGCGGAUCCGUGUACGGAGCAAGGUGUAUAUACUGGUUUUCUGCCGCACGAAACCGAUUGUACGAAGUACUACUCCUGCUACGGUGGCGUGGCCUACGAGCAGACCUGCCCAGAUGGCAAGUAUUUCGACCCAACGCGAACCAUUUGCGAUUUGGAGGCUAAUGUGGACUGCGUGAGCAAUAACUGCCCACCGGAUGGUGUCGUGUUUCUGCCCAUCCCGAACGUGUGCGACCGCUAUCUGAUCUGCAUUAACGGCAAUGCGUUCGAGGGCGUCUGUGAUGGCGGCCUGUUUUUCGAUGCGGUGCUGGGAGACUGUAACCUGAAGAAUGAGAGCGGAUGUUUGGUGAAUCCUUGCAUUCAGCCACCACCAAAUCCACCGCAGCUGGAGAUCUAUCCGAAUCCCGCCGAUUGCCACCAGUACCUCAUCUGCGGCAACGGUGAACCUGUCGUGAGGGACUGCGCACCGCAACUAGUGUUUGACCCUUCCUCCCUGCAGUGUGUACCGGGCGAAGAGUGUUUGCCCACUGGAGGUACUACGACGGUUAAUCCAGGGACCACGUCAACUACUUCGGAAGCUUCAACGACCACAGGUACAACCACAACCGAGGCAUCAACGACAACCGAGGUACCAACGACAACGGAGGCUCCAACAACAACCACAACCCAAGCGCCUUGA